ACCUUGCGCCAAAUGCACUGCUGGGGUCGGUCUGCCGGUAUCAACACCCAAAAAUUUCGUCAAAGUUGAUUGACCUGGCAAGUUUACACUCUGAUACAGACCACAAUCUUACCGUUAUAUAUUUAGUUUCCAAUCACUGUCACCAUAUAACAUGGCAGGCGGUGGUAGGAAAGACGAGGAAGAAGACGAAAGCAUGGAAUUUGAAGAACAAGAAGAAAUAGAUCUGCCUUUUUCUUAUGUUCCAAAUGCUGAGACUUCAGGGGCGGGGCAUGCACAUUCCCCUUUCCCCCAAGAUGACGAAUUAGCAGAUGAGGUUACAGAAAAGAAAGCAAGAAAAAGAAAGGGUAAAGAUGGAGAAAGGAAGAAGAAAUCUAAAAAAUCAAAGAAAAAGAAAGAUGAAUUUGAGGUACAACAAGAUAGUGGUGAAGCUUCAGAAGGUGAAGUAGCUACUCCUGAACCACCAAAAUCAAAGGAAAAAAAGAAAAGAGGAAGAGUUGAAGCAAAUGGAUCUGAAGAAAUGUGUAUUGCUAAUGGUUGGGUAAAUCCUGAUCUAGAGUUUACAGAUGAAGAUUAUCAGACCAUCAAUAAUUAUAAACUAUUUAGUAAUCAAGUUAGACCAUUGAUUAUUGAAGCUAAUCCAAAGCUAGCAGCAGCUAAAGUGGGAAUGCUUUUAGCUGCUAAAUGGAAAGAGUUUAAUAUUUGUGUUAAAGAAAGAAGACCAUCCGGUGCUAGUCCUCCUGAUCCCCCAGCAGCAAAACCUAUAGUAAAACCAAUGGUGAAAGAAGUUGAAGAGACAGAACUAUCAAUAGCAGCAGAAGAAGAUGAUGGCGAUGCUGAUGAUGAUUAUGAAGAUGAGGAAGAGAUCUCUCCCAAACCAAAAAAAGGAAGAGGGAAAAAAGCUGUAGCACCACUAAAGAUAAAAUUGACAAAGAAAAAGAAACGUAGAAAGAAUAGCUCUGAUGAAGAUGAAAAUGCUGGUUUUAAUACUAGUGAUGAAGAGUUUGAAAGACAACUAGAAGAAGCAGCAUUACUUAACGAAGGUGGUGGCGCAGAUGCUGAUGCUCCUAAAAAACGAAAAACCAAACGAGGUCGUGGUAAAAAGAAGAAACGACAGAUGGGUAAAAAUACAGAUCCAGAUGCCGAAGGUUAUGAGACUGAACAUCAAGAUUAUUGUGAAGUUUGUCAACAAGGAGGAGAAAUUAUUCUUUGUGAUACAUGUCCAAGAGCCUACCAUCUUGUUUGUUUAGAACCCGAGUUAGAAGAAGCACCCGAAGGCAAAUGGAGUUGUCCCCACUGUGAAGUUGCUGGUAACCAGGAACAAGAAGAAGAUGACCACGCUGAGUUUUGUCGUGUUUGUAAAGAUGGCGGAGAGCUACUUUGUUGUGAUCAGUGUCCGUCAGCUUAUCAUCCAUUCUGUCUAAAUCCACCAAUCAAAAAUAUCCCUGAUGGUGACUGGCAAUGUCCAAGAUGUUCGGCUGUACCUUUAAAGGGUAAAGUUCAAAAAAUUUUAACAUGGCGUUGGGUUGAACCCCUCAAAAAUGAUGAUGAACUAGAUCAUACACAUCCUGAUUCUGAAAAGACAAAAGGAAAGGCACCAAGAUUAAGAGAGUUUUUCAUCAAAUGGCAUGAUCUAUCUUACUGGCACACCAGUUGGAUAUCAGAACUCCAGCUUGAUGUUUAUCACCCAGCUACUUAUCGUUGUUAUAUACGUAAAUAUGAUAUGGAUGAACCACCACCAUUAGAAGAUGGCAGUUCUUAUGGAGAAAAAUUAAAAGGAGAUGAUCCUCAUAAUUUAGAAGAGAGAUACUAUAGAUAUGGUGUCCGACCAGAAUGGCUACAGAUUCACAGAAUUAUUAAUCACAGAGUUGCUAAGAAUGGAAACAACUGGUUUUUGGUAAAAUGGCGAGAUCUGCCAUAUGAUAAUGCUACCUGGGAAGAAGAAGAUUGUGAAGUUUUGGAGUUCAAGAAAUAUGUAGAUGAUUAUUUUGAUUUGAGAUCUAUUAUGUUUGGUGAUAAAAGAAAUGGUGGUAAGAAGUCUGGUAAAGGUGGUAAGAAAUCUAAUCGUGAUAGAGAAUUAUCAUCUAAAAUACCACCUUCUAUACCUGUUGUUGAUCUAAAGAGACAGUUUGAUGAACAACCCAAUUAUAUAGAUAAAACAGGAGGUACUAUCUAUCCAUAUCAGUUGGAAGGUUUAAACUGGUUACGUUAUUCCUGGGCCAAUAAUACUGAUACUAUAUUAGCUGAUGAGAUGGGUCUAGGUAAAACUAUACAGACCAUUGUAUUCCUUUAUUCUCUGUAUAAAGAGGGACACUGUAAAGGACCUUUUCUUGUUAGUGCUCCAUUAUCUACUAUUAUUAAUUGGGAGAGAGAAUUUGAAUUUUGGGCACCUGAUCUCUAUGUUGUUACAUAUGUUGGUGAUAAAGAUUGUCGUACUGUUAUCAGGGAACAUGAAUUUUCAUUUGAAGAAGGUGCUGUAAGAGGAGGAGCUAAAGCAUCCAAGAUGAAGGAAGGAUUUGGUGUCAAGUUUCAUGUUUUGCUAACAUCAUAUGAGUUGAUUAGUAUUGAUAGUGCUUUAUUAGGUUCAGUUGAUUGGCAAGUGUUGGUUGUUGAUGAGGCUCACAGGCUGAAAAAUAAUCAAUCAAAGUUUUUCCGUAUAUUAUCUAACUACAAGAUAGGAUAUAAACUGUUAUUGACUGGUACACCAUUACAGAAUAAUCUAGAGGAAUUGUUUCAUCUUCUAAAUUUCCUUACUCCUGAAAAUUUCAAUGAUCUUCAAGUCUUUCAAAAUCAGUUUGCUGAUAUCUCUAAAGAAGAUCAAGUCAAGAAAUUACAUGAUAUGUUAGGUCCUCAUUUACUGCGUCGUCUUAAAGCUGAUGUAUUAAAGGGCAUGCCAUCAAAAAGUGAAUUUAUUGUUCGUGUUGAGCUUAGUCCAAUGCAGAAGAAAUAUUACAAGUAUAUUUUAACCAGAAAUUUUGGUGCUUUAAAUACUCGAGGUGGAUGUCAAGUAUCUUUACUGAAUAUCAUGAUGGAUCUUAAAAAAUGUUGUAAUCAUCCAUAUCUUUUCCCUACAGCUGCUGUGGAUGCUCCCAGAUUACCAAAUGGUGCUUUUGAAGGAUCUGCUUUGAUAAAAGCAUGCGGUAAACUGGAGUUAAUGUCCACAAUGCUGUCACAAUUACAUAAACAAGGUCAUAGAGUUCUAAUCUUCUCUCAGAUGACGAAAAUGUUGGAUAUAUUGGAAGAUUUUCUAGAAGCAGAAGGUUAUCAUUACGAGAGAAUUGAUGGUGGUAUUACAGGAGCAAAUAGACAAGAUGCUAUUGAUAGAUUUAAUGUGCCAGGUGCAAAGGCGUUCUGUUUCCUGCUAUCAACAAGAGCUGGUGGAUUGGGUAUUAAUUUAGCAACAGCAGAUACAGUUAUUAUUUAUGAUUCCGAUUGGAAUCCACAUAAUGAUAUUCAGGCCUUCAGUAGAGCUCAUAGAAUUGGACAAGCUAAUAAAGUCAUGAUAUUCCGAUUUGUAACAAGAGCUUCAGUAGAAGAGAGAAUUACACAAGUUGCUAAAAAGAAGAUGAUGUUGACACAUUUGGUUGUACGACCAGGUUUAGGUAACAAGGGUGGUGCUAUGUCUAAAAAAGAGUUGGAUGAUAUUCUGAAGUUUGGUACAGAGGAACUUUUUAAGGAUGAGGAAGGUAACAUGAGCUUGGGUGAUGAAAAUCGUAUUGUAUAUGAUGCUUCAGCUGUAUCUAAACUAUUAGAUAGAUCACAAGUUGGUAUGGAAGAGAGAGAAAUGGCUAUGAAUGAAUAUCUUAGUUCAUUUAAAGUGGCUAGUUACACUGUUAAAGAAGGGGAAGCAGAGGAAGAACCAGAGACAGAAGUAUUAAAACAGGAAGCUGAACAUGCUGAUCCAGCUUACUGGGAGAAAUUAUUACGUCAUCAUUAUGAACAACAACAGGAAGAUUUAGCCCGUACAUUGGGUAAAGGUAAACGAGUACGUAAACAAGUCAACUAUAAUGAUGCAAUGAAUACUCAAGAUGAAGAAGCCUGGAAAGAAAGUGUUUCAGACUUUGAUUCCGAUUUCAGUGGUCAUUCUGGCGACAAUGUACAUGAUGAAGAUGAUGAUGAUUUUGAAGACAGAACUGAUUCUCGUAACAGAUCGCGUAAAGGUAACGAAAAGGAUAGACCAUUACCUCCUUUAUUGGCUCGUGUCAACGGUCAAAUUGAAGUUCUUGGUUUUAAUGCUCGACAGAGAAAGGCUUUCUUAAAUGCUGUUAUGAGAUGGGGAAUGCCACCACAAGAUGCUUUUAACUCACAAUGGUUAGUUCGUGAUUUACGAGGUAAAGGUGAGAAGGUGUUUAAAGCCUAUGUUUCGUUGUUUAUGCGACAUCUUUGUGAACCAGGGGCUGAUAAUUCGGAGACCUUUGCGGAUGGUGUACCAAGGGAAGGAUUAUCUAGGCAGCAUGUGUUAACAAGAAUUGGUAUAAUGUCAUUAGUUCGAAAGAAGGUUCAAGAAUUUGAAGCUAUAAAUGGUACACACAGUAUGCCAUAUAAAAGUGCUAUGGAGGCUGUCGAGAAAUUGAAGAAAGAGAAAGAAAGGGCUAGAGAAGAAAAAGAAAAAAGAGAUGAAGCAGUUAAAGAAGAAGUGAAAAAAGAAGGUGAAGAAAGUAAAGAUGUUGAAAAAGCAGAAGCCAAAAGUGACGAAAGCGAAGUUAAAGAGGAAGAAGGUGAAGAGGUUAAAAAGGAGGAGGAUAGCGAAGUUAAAAAAGAAGAAGAAGGCGAGACCAAGGCAGUAGAAGAAAAAGUUGAAGAAAAGACGGAAGAAGCCAUGGAAACAGAUGAAAAAAAGGAAGAACCUGUAUCGGAAGUAAAAGUAGCAACGAUGGAAACAAAGGAAACCAUAGAAGAAACCAAAGAAGAAACUCCAACAGAAGCUGUAAAAGAACAAAAGUCUGAAGAUGAAAAGACGGAAGAGGAAAAGGUUGAUAAGGUUGAAGAAAACCCUAAAGUAGAAGAGGAAGAAGAAAAGGUUACAAAAGAAGAAACAAAGGAAGAAAAAAUGGAAACAGAUGAAGUCAAACCCGAAGAAAAUAAAAAUGAGGAGAAAAAAGAAUCAUCAGAAGUUACAGAUAAAUCUGAGGAGGAAAAAAUGGAAAAAGAUGAGAAGGAAAAAGAAAAGCCAGAAAGUGAGAAAAAAGAUAAAGAUACUAAAAUUGAAAAAGAUAAAGAUACAGAGACCAAAAGUGAAAAAGAUAAAGAUAUCAAAAGUGAUAAAGAUAAUAAAAGUGAAAAGGAUGAGAAAAUGGAAGAAAAAACUGAAGAGGGUUGUCAGAAAUUUAUGUUUAAUAUUGCGGAUGGUGGUUUUACAGAAUUACACACAUUGUGGCAAAAUGAACAAAGGGCACUACUGCCAAAUAAAGAACAUGAAGUAUGGCACCGUCGCCAUGACUACUGGUUAUUAGCUGGUAUUGUAACUUAUGGUUAUGGUCGAUGGCAAGACAUACAGAAUGACCCUAGAUUUCAAAUUAUCAAUGAACCAUUUAUUAGUGAACAAGGCAAGGGAAACUUCUUGGAAAUCAAAAAUAAAUUUUUGGCUCGACGAUUUAAGUUACUGGAACAAGCUCUUGUUAUUGAAGAACAACUAAGAAGAGCUGCUUAUCUCAACCUGUCACAAGAUCCAGCACAUCCUGCUAUGGCACUUAAUGCCAGAUUUGCUGAAUUAGAAUGUUUAGCUGAAAGUCAUCAGCACUUAUCUAAGGAAUCUCUAGGUGGUAAUAAACCUGCUAAUGCUGUUUUACAUAAAGUGCUAAAUCAGUUAGAAGAGUUACUGAGUGAUAUGAAACAAGAUGUGGCUCGUUUACCAGCUACAUUAGCUCGUGUUGCUCCAGUUACACAAAGAUUACAGAUGUCUGAAAGGCAUAUAUUAAACCGUUUGGUUAAUCCUAAUCAACAAAGUAUUGGACAAUCUGUAUCAACCUCUAGUGCUGCAACUACAUUUAUUCAAUCACCUUCCACCAGUUCUACUCCUUCAACAUUAUCGAAGUCAGGAUUUUCAGCUCCCUCAUCAUCUGGUGGCUUUCCUCCUGGUCUAGCUGGUCUGCCAGGUUUUAGUAUGUCUUCUUCUAGCUAUACACAAGGUCCAUUGGCUAUGGGCUAUCCAUUGAUGUCCAUGUUGCCAGGUCAAGGUGCUGGCCCAUCUACUAGUCGUGUACCAAGUGCUACACCCAGCCCUGCCCAUAAGUCAUCAACACCCACCCCAGAUGCAUCGGGCUGAGAUAAUUAUGAUAGAAUCUGCAGGCGUUGAAGAUCUAAGUAAGAAGUCGAGUUCUAAAAAAGAAGUCAUUUGUUUAGAUGAAUAACUAAAUCAACAUUAAUAUAUUGUAUAUAUAGUAGUCAUUAGAAUAUCAUUAUUUGUAAAUAUCAUAUAGACGUGAAAUUUUUUUUUUUCACAUAAUGUUACACCAUUCUUAGCUUUAAAAGUUUCUACUGGUACUUAAUACAGUACUAUAACAAAAAGAAACUAUUCAACAGUCUGUUUUAAAUAAAACAAUAGUGUGCAAAAUAUGAUUCUGUAUAUUGCUUAAUCAUUUGUGUUGAGACAAGACAUUUCCCUUAGAAAUCAUAGUCUUCUAAUUGGUUUAAUGUAACACAAUAUUCCAUUUAUUAUGAAAAGACCUCAUGUUAACUGGUUUGGCCCCUUGAUACAAGUUGUAAAAAAUAUACACUAUUUAAAGUUUUAACACCAUGUUUUAUUCUAAUAUGGUUUAAUAACCUGUUAAUCAGAAUAGCAAUCAUCCAAUAAUAAUUACUAACAGGCUCUGAAAUAAUGUUUUUAGUUGUACCUGACCAAUUAAACUUUGUGCCUGACAAAAUGACGGGCACCAGAGGAUAGUGUCCGACAAUGCCUAAAUUUGUGCCAUUGCAUUGUCUGUGACUGGUGGUUAAUUUCCAGGCUUGACUAAAUUGAUUAAUGUUAGCAAUUUUUCAUUUUCAUUUUGUCCCACCCUUCUGAAGGGUUGAUGUGUUCAUACUAUGAUACUAAGCUAAAAUGUACAUGUAUCACAAAACUUGGUAAUAAAUGAUAAUUAAAAAUAUUUACUAAGUUAUGUAGUAAUUUUUAUUAUGUACUAUUAUAAAUUUUGUAUAAAUCCAAGUUUUAUUCUUUUACAAGUGCUGUAAUUUUACAUAUCAAAUAUAAAUUUGUUUAUGAUUUAUUGUGUAGCUUUGGUGUUAAAUAUAUAAUGUAAAUGGCUGAAACCAGUAUACAAAAUGUCAUUGAAUAAUAAAUGUCAUUCUAAACAGU